UGGAGACUUAUUUUUAAAAAAACCUUUACUCCAACUCUUGAAAUAGACAAUUUAGCAGUUUAAAUUUAAAAUUUUCAUCCAGGAAAUUGUUUAGUCGUAUAUUUUUUGUUUGAUUUAUUUUUUAUUUUUCCUUUUAUUGAUCGGAAUUGAUUUGGCGGGUAAAGGGUGUCUCCAGGGAGAUGGCUUUGACAACAUCCGGGCUUUUUUCCACCAGCAUAUAGGUAUGCGUCCAAAAAAAAGAGACAAGGAUGGCGUUUAGAAGAAGAAAUGUUGAAAAGGACCCUUUAGAGGACCUGGGAAGCGAUUUGUCAGAUAUUUCAGAUGUCAAACCAGAAGACUUGGAUAAAAUUCUCAAGAGUGCUGAUGAUUUGGAUAAUGAAAUUUUUGCAGAUAAAGUUAAGUCACCCAGGAACAGCUCUUCUGAUAUCUAUGGAGGGCGAUCGACAAUUAAAGAAAAUUAUGAACCUUCAAGUAACUAUAAUUUGAAAGAAGAAGAAAUCCCUCCUAAACGAGGGUAUAAAAGUCAAACUGAAUUUGAUAAAGAUGAAAGCACACUGCCAUCGACAAAUAAAAAUCGUGGCUCUGGUGAUUGGCUAGGGUUAAAGGAUAAUCAAGGUGAGCCAUCAAGUACCAAAGAAAGCUCAAACCUGUUCAAAGAGCCACUUUUUGGUGAGAAGGAAACCCUCCCAAAAGAAAGGCUAUUGGCAAGAAGCAAAACUUCUGACAGUCUGCUAAAUGUGAAAAAAGAAGAAUCAAAGACCCCAAAGCCUUCAAAACCUGCAUCGGCAAGGAAAAGAGUGAAUAUUUUGGAUAAUCUGUUUGGCGACUCGCUUUUAAAAAAUGAAACUAAAACUCCUGGAGUUAAUUCAAUCACAGGGCUGGGCUUGUCACCAGAAACACAUGAAACAAAUGAAGAUACCAACAAAUACACACCUUCACUAACUUCUGCAAGGAAACUAGACAAAAGGAAAGACACUACACCACUAGGCUUGGGCUUUGAUACAGAUAUCGAUUGGGUAUUAGGCCCUAAAUCUCCUGCCAUUGUACCUACUGAAGAAAAAAAACAUGAAGACAAACUAGCCCAUUCAACCACAUUGCAUGAGAAUUUGGGACCAAAAGAUUCAUCUAUUAUUUCACCUGCUGUACUCCCUGAUAAUUCUAUUAGGUUUAAUGAGAGGGAAGUUUCUAAAUCGCAAGUCAUGACUAAAGGAAGAAGUGGUCUUUUAGAAGUCCCAGAAUGGCUAGGAGGGAUGCAGAAAGAAGAAGCACCACAAAUGUCACUAUCGGAGAAACAAAGUGACAAUGAUACAAAGCAAGAAAUUCCUGAAGUGGAUAAUGUCAUUAACCAGCUGGGAAAUAUUAAGGUCCAAUUGGGCGCCGCUAUGGCUAGGCACAACCAGAAUUUGCAGAAUUACAUGCAGGUUUUAGUAAAUGAAGCACGUCGAAUGUCUUGUGCUGAACAGCUAAUUGGCCCUAACAGACCUCCAGUUUCAAAAGUGGCCAGCAAUGAUGAAGUUACAAUGAAAGAAGAUGUGGAAAUGGAAGAUAGCAAGAAACAGCUAGAAAUUUCUCAAAAGAAAGACGAUGGCUAUUUAGAAACUAUUCGUUUUCAGGAGGAUAGAAUUCAUGACUUAGAGGUUAAAAUCGCAAGGAUGGAUAGCCAAAUUGAACAAUUAAAUAUGAAAAUUGAAAGCAGUGAAACUUUAAAAAAUUUGGAAAUUGAUAAUUUGAAACAAGCCCAUGAGUUAGAAGUUGAAAGCUUAAUGAAACGUCUGGAAAGGGGUAAAACAACGUAUGAAGAAAUAAUUAAUGAACUAGAAGAAAAAAUAAUUAAGAUGAAGAGUCGAGAAGAUGAAAUUGAAAAAAUGAACAAAGAAAGGAUUGAAACACUUCAAGCAGAACGCCUGGAGGAAUUAGAAAAAAUAAAAGAGUAUCACAAAAUGGCUUUGGAGCAUACUUUAUACUCAACACAACCAAAUAUUACGGGCAUUCAAUUUUCAAAGCAGUUGAGACCUGUGGAUGACAUUGAAUUAUCAGAUCGUGAGGCAACACUUUUAGAAAAAGAGAAACAAGUUGAAAUUUUGAAAGCGGAUCUGGCUUUCCAAAAGAAACAACUAGAUGAAGCAAUUGAAAGGGAAAAAGUUAUGAGGGAAGAAAGAGAAAGGGAAAUGCGACGAGUUCUGCUAGAAGUACAGUUUAAAGAAGAAAUGAACAACAAAGAUUUUGAACGAAGGAAGCAGCAGCUAGACACCCAAGAAAAACAAAUUCAACAAAUGAGGACAGAAGCAUUGAAAGAACAAACAGAAAUUGCAAAAGAGAAACUCACGCUUGCAGCCGAGAGGGCGAGAAUGGACGCUGCAUUAAAGAUGGAGAGACCUAACGAAGAUGGCCCUCUACUCCAACCACUUGACUUAAUGAAGGCUAGGAUGGAAAUGGAAGCUGCUUUGGAUGCAGUGAGGGAAGCAAGGGAGAUGGCAGACGAAGAAAGAAGGCGGCAUGUUGAAAUGAGAAAAGUGGCUGAAGAAAUUACUUGGGAACAAAAGAACAAGGAUCAGCAGCUGGAAAUGCGAGAGAGGCAUAUAAACACUGUCUUGAAAGAUGCUGAAAUGACGAAAGAAGAGGGAAUUGACUCUCUCAGGAAAGCUGAAGCACUCAGGAAGGCAGUUGAUGAAAAAGAAAAAGAACUACGAACAAUAAUAAUUGAAAUUGAUACAAAAGAAAAGGGCCUAGCUAAAGAACGUUUGGAGAUAGCAAAAGAAAGACUUGAACUUGAAAAGCAACAGUCCCUUCUAGAGGCAUUUUUGCCUACACUUCAUCCAUCAGAGGAGCUUAAAGUCACACCUCUGAAAAUUGAUGAUGGAAGGGGCUAUAUUGACCCAAAAGAGCUUAUAAUGAGACUGAGGGCGGAGAAAGAUUUGGGCUUUCUUCCUGGCCAAAAAUUAUGACAUUGGCUAUUUUUGAAAUUCACUAUGAGAAUUUAUUGUAUUUGAAUAUCAUAUGUUCACUUUUAUAUGCAUUUCUUAAGAUUGUUAAUAAAGUUUAAAAAGAAGGACAAAUUUGUGUUCAAGUUUAAUUGUAAGAAUUUGAGUAAGAAGUAAAAUUAAUAAAUAAACUUACUUAUAGUGCUUGAAAUUCAAUAAUAAAACAUAUUUUUCACACAUUUU